GAAUGCUUUGAGUGGAUAUAGUUGGUCCUUGGGCCGUCCGAAUUCGUAUAAAAGGGCCAAGAUCACGUUGAGUAAUCGUAGUUGCUGCCUGGCAUCAUCUGAUCAUCAACAUGAGGACUCUGGUGGUUCUGGCUGUGUUUGGCGUGUGCCUGGCUUCCGCCCAGUUCACCCCAGAAGUGGAAGCAGAGAGAACUCGCUUCUUCGAAGCUUUCCGAGCUGCCAAACAAGCUUCUUCCUCCAGCAAGUACUCAGAGCCCCAGCCAGCCUACAGAGGACCCUUCGCUUCCUCUGUGCCUGCCGGCGUUGAUGGAAGGGUCACGCCCGUCAGUGACACAGCCGAGGUCAGGGCUGCCACUAACGCUUUCUACAGAGCCUACAAAGCACAAGUUGAGGCCACUAAAGGUUCGUCUGAUUCAGCUUCCUAUGUGCUCAAGACUGAUCCUGCAACAUCAGCUAAGUACGUGCUAAAGACUGAUACUGCAACAUCAAAUAGAUAUUUGUAUAAGGCUGUUCCAUCACCCUUCUUACAAGAGCAAAGUGCUGGCUCUGAAACAUCAGUCAAGUUGCUCCUUCAACAGCUGAAUUCAGAACAAAAGGGUGAUCCUGCAUACAAAGCAAAGUCUGACUCUGCAUAUGUGGCAAAGGUGUUCCUGCAGCAACAUAUGUCCAAACAACCAAGAUGGCCUGGACCAUUCGCCUCCUCAGUACCUGCCGGCCUUCCAGGCUCUCCAGGGCAAGUUCCUUACACAACAAGAAGUGCUGGAUGCAAGUAUGCCUUCCAGAAGGCAUACCAGAGGCAGUUGGAAGCUGUGUUCCAACUAAAAGAAUGA